AUGGACGAGCCCGGUUGCUCGUGGCAGUUCUGGAAAUUUGGCAUGAAGAGGGCCGACCUCGACACCAAACUACAUGAUCAGUACAACACGGUUGCCUUCUCCAUCCAAGACCCCGAUGCCUUCCACUCCGAUGUCUACGAGAUCUCCAACACCGCGGCCACCAUCGACGAGUUUCACAGUCUGCUAGCCGAGCGCAAGGGCUUAAGACUACGUGAGCUGAACGAGAGCCUCGAGUCCGCGUCGCUCGAGAUUAUCGCCAACCCCAGCCUCAUCGGCACACACCAGUGGCAGCAUGCCUUGCAGCUUUUUCGGACCAAGUCCCUCGACUCACUCGUGAGCUAUUUCGCGUCUUACCUCCCAGAGGACCACCCGUGGAACCCGUCCUCGGCCUCGACUGCCAACCCAGACCCUACCUACAAACCGUACUAUGACGAUAUCGACGACUAUGGCCAUGUCCUGACGCAUGAGCCCCUAUCCAUCCCCACUGGCUGCAGCUCCAUCCCAGCCAGCCAUUUCCCUCCUUCUCCUCGAUCCCUCACGACUUGCUCGGAUUCCUCUUCCGCCUCGACCCCAGCGCGCUCCAUGUCUUUCUGCGAACAGCAGUCUGACAGUAUGGCCCUUUCGGGCACAUUGACACACGCCUACGACGAUGAUGACGAAACCUCACAAUCAGAUGAUCCAGACACUCCGACCACCUCUAUCUCCGACAUGUCAGAGAUACACCCGCUGGAUCACGAGCGAGGAGUCGGCAUACAGUACGCCGACGCGGCUGCGACCCCAGCGGAGCUUUACUUGGGGGGUGAUAUCGAUGAGUCUGAGACCCCAACACCUCGAAGUGCGCUUUCCUCGGAACCACUUACAACCAGCAAGAAGUCAGAAACGUCGUUAUCGUCUUUGUUUUUAUCAGCCAAUUCUAAUCUGCUGCCAAGAGGUUCUUGUCAUAGCAGUCCGGGCGUGUCGAGAAUACGGCGAAGGAGUCCAGAUGCCGGGCGCGUGCAGAAGCCUUCCCCUGGCCCCAUGCGCAUCAGACCGAAAGGCAGGAUACGCCAUGGUGGUUAA